GGCCAUGAAUAAUACAACUCCCUUCUUUUUCUUUCCCGGCGUCCAUUGCGGCGGAGGCGGCUGUCUGCCGCUCGCCAUAUUGUGUGGCUUCCAAGGGGGGGAAGGGGGGCUGAGGCAGCCGCUGUCGACUCGCCUCAGCCCUGGCUGCGGGAAGAGGGGAAGGCGGCGGCGGCGGCGGGCAAGAGAGCCGAGCCGGGGGACGGGAGCGGGCGAGUCACCGAGAGGGAGCGAGCAACGGGACCGCUAUGUCUCAGGCUGUGCAGACAAAUGGAACACAGCCGCUAAGCAAAACGUGGGAGCUCAGCUUGUACGAACUUCAGAGAACACCUCAGGAAGCAAUAACAGAUGGCUUGGAAAUAGUGGUGUCACCCCGAAGCCUCCACAGCGAGCUGAUGUGUCCCAUUUGUUUGGAUAUGCUGAAAAACACCAUGACUACGAAGGAAUGUCUCCAUCGUUUUUGUGCUGACUGUAUCAUCACAGCCCUCAGGAGUGGACUACAGAGAGGCAAGAAGCAACAGAUAGAGAACGGUAGUGGUGCAGAGGACAAUGGUGACAGUUCACACUGUAGCAACGCUUCAACUCACAGCAAUCAGGAGGCAGGGCCAAGUAACAAAAGGACCAAAACAUCGGAUGAUUCUGGGCUAGAACUGGACAAUAACAAUACGACAGUUGCUAUAGACCCAGUACUGGAUGGUGCAAGUGAAAUAGAACUAGUUUUCAGACCGCAUCCUACCCUCAUGGAAAACGAUGACAGUGCGCAGACAAGAUAUAUAAAGACCUCUGGCAAUGCCACAGUUGAUCACUUAUCUAAGUACCUAGCUGUGAGACUGGCCUUGGAAGAACUCCGGAGUAAAGGAGAGUCUAAUCAGAUGAAUCUUGAAACGGCGAGUGAGAAGCAGUACACAAUUUACAUUGCGACAGCUAACGGCCAGUUCACUGUGUUAAAUGGCUCUUUUUCCUUGGAGCUGGUCAGCGAAAAGUACUGGAAAGUGAAUAAGCCCAUGGAACUCUACUACGCGCCAACAAAGGAACACAAAUAAGCUUGACAAAGGCUUUGAGUUGGAACUGUAUUUGCUUUUAUAGCUCUGGCUUACUUUAAGUGAAACACCAUCCUUUGCAUCAUGGACAACUGCUGAGAGAGACAUGGAUUCCUUGGUGAAUAUUCUUUACAAUUUGACAGUAUUUGCGUGAUAUUUAUGUCUUUUGCUCCCCCAGAGGACUGAACAGUCUGUACAUUCCACUAUUGCUAUCAAAUAUGCUUUGUAAUUUGGUGAUUUUUGUUUCAUAUGUAUAAUACUAGAAGCAGCAAAUGUAUCUUUGGGGUAUCAUGCUGGUUGGCUUCAGAGUGGCAGAUUUCAGCCAGCACUUCGGUAAGUAUUGGCAAGAGGCACUAUGGAGGGUUACAUCAUAUGGCUAGAAUCAGUUUGCUAGUAACUGAGUACAUGUGAUGCUGAAAAAAGAAAAACAGCUCCCACACAUUGCCAAGGAGAGUCCUUUUUCCCAUUUGUGAAUAAAUGAGUGGUUCUUGUCUAAUGCUGGCUGCAUUUCCAAAUGGGGGGCCAGCAUUUGGAAUGUGCGUGUACUCCCUACCUGGGUGCAAAUUCCCCUCCUACCACCAGUCUGAACCCUAAGGUUACAUUUAACUGUGGCUAAAUUCUGGGUUGAUGUACUGCUUAACGGUAAUGAAAGAGUGACAGGUAUGCUUGUCCUAUGUGAGAGCGCAAGGUUCAUGUUCCUGAGGCUGGCUUUCAACUUAAUAGGGAGCUAGUGUUACAGCUACACUUGUCCUCUUAAGGGUUCAGGAAAACAAUCCUUGCUGCCAGCUUGGGAAGCUUCAGGAUCCAGCAGCUAACUAAAUGAAAGCAAAACAAGCAAAGUGAAAAGCACAACGCUCAUGAUAUUCUUUGUGCAGGAAAUAAUAUUUUUGAUGUUUUCCCAAUCUUAGCCAUAUUGACAAACACCUGGCACUUAUAGAAAAGUAUUGCUGACAAAGCGCAUAGGGCGGCUUUUAGUCUGCAACGGGUUCAAAAGUCUGAACUGAGCAUUUGGUUGCUGCAUUGAGGUUUAGACAUAGCAGUGACUGUCGGCUUUGUUGAAUCAGUAGUAUGUCUUAGCCACAGCUAUUGUCUGUAUAUACCGAGUCUCCGUUCUGUAAGGCUGAUGAAACUUUUUUUUAGUGCAGUACCUGGGUCUCUGCCUCUUGAAAUUAGGAAGAGAAAACUGGCUCUACAUUGUUUAGGGGGAGACACAUGAUUAUCAGGUUUUUUUGUCCGGCAGAAGGAGAACUCAGUUGUUACAGUACUUCUUAUUUUUAAAACCUCUUCAAUAUUGAGUAUUCCUAAAUUAUGCUAGCAGUUUGUGCCAUGAAAAUUACAAUUACUAGAAAUCGGGGGUGGGGAGGGAGGGUGUACCAUGUCUAUUUGAUUUUUGUUGAGUACUUUUGGUGUAAUGUACAACUUAUAUAGCUUGCUAGUGCAUGUCCACUAAAUAUAAUCUGGUUUCUUUUUGUGAGAAAAAUGCUUUUGUAUGGGCAAACAUCAGCUGCAGCAGAACCAUAAAUUUGCAUUGUGAUUUUUAUCUAAGGUUUAGCCCUAUAAGCAGGAUAGUGUCUGUAAAAUUUUGAAAGUUUAUUUACCUAAGGUGUGUAUUG